AAUAUGAGCUGAACUGUGUCGUUUUCAAACUCAGUUCCCUCUUCAUUCGCUGUAGAAGCAUCAGCUUGAGCUCUGAGAGGAUUUCUGUCUCUUCUCUGGUGAAUGUAAAUCAUGGAAACAUUGGUGACGUUCCUCCUCACUGGAUCUCUGAUACAAGGUGUUUUUUGUGAGUUCAGUAUCAAUCUGCCAAAGAAAGUAGAAGCUCUACAAGGAUCCUGUGUUUUCAUUCCCUGCACAUUUGAUGUUGAUAAAAAACAUGAAAAUGAUCUCACAGAUAGAGCAAAGAGAAUAUGGUAUAAAGGAGACCCUUACUCUGUAGUGUUUGACUCCAGCAGCCCUGACACUAAACUGUUCAAAGGAGAAAUAUUAGGCACUGCUACACAGAAAAACUGCAGCACACGCUUCGAUAAUGUCAAUCAGAAUCAUAAUGGAUCAUAUUUCUUCAGACUUGAAGAUGAUAAACUGAAGUAUAGUUUUAAAAAGAAUCCACUCUUACAAAUUGUCGUCUCAGGAUCUCCACCCAAACCCACAUUGAGUGUCUUUAAGGAUCAGCAGGAGGUGAUGAAGAUGGAGGAGGUGAUGGAGGAAAGUUCAUUGAGUCUGCGCUGCUCUACUAAGAUCUUCUGUCCGUCUCGUCCUCCAUCUCUCACGUGGACCUCGUCUCUCAAUGAGAACAUCACAGGACAGCAGUAUCAGAGCCAAUCAGAGCUCGUCUCUGAUCUGAACUUCACUGUUUCUCACCGUCUUCACAAAGUCACUUUCACCUGCACCGCAACACACCAGCUACAGAGGAAUAUAACAACACAGCGCUCCCGUAUGAUACGAGUUCAGUAUGCUCCUACAAACACAUCAGUGAGGAUAAACCCAGCUGGUUUAGUUCUGGAGGGUCGUUCAGUGACUCUGAUCUGCAGCAGUGAUGCAAACCCAGCAGUGAACUACACCUGGUACAGAGACCCUGAAGAACUCCUGAAUCCAGUUCAGACCGGACCAAACCUGACCCUCAACAACCCUGACCCUACAGACAGAGGACUAUACUACUGUAGAGCUGACAACAAACACGGAUCUCACAACACAUCAGUGCUGCUGGACGUCCAGUAUGCUCCAACAAACACAUCAGUGAGGAUAAACCCAGCUGGUUUAGUUCUGGAGGGUCGUUCAGUGACUCUGAUCUGCAGCAGUGAUGCAAACCCAGCAGUGAACUACACCUGGUACAGAGACCCUGAAGAACUCCUGAAUCCAGUUCAGACCGAACCAAACCUGACCCUCAACAACCCUGACCCUACAGACAGAGGACUAUACUACUGUAGAGCUGACAACAAACACGGAUCUCACAACACAUCAGUGCUGCUGGACGUCCAGUAUGCUCCUACAAACACAUCAGUGAGGAUAAACCCAGCUGGUUUAGUUCUGGAGGGUCGUUCAGUGACUCUGAUCUGCAGCUGUGAUGCAAACCCAGCAGUGAACUACACCUGGUACAGAGACCCUGAAGAACUCCUGAAUCCAGUUCAGACCGGACCAAACCUGACCCUCAACAACCCUGACCCUACAGACAGAGGACUAUACUACUGUAGAGCUGACAACAAACACGGAUCUCACAACACAUCAGUGCUGCUGGACGUCCAGUAUGCUCCUACAAACACAUCAGUGAGGAUAAACCCAGCUGGUUUAGUUCUGGAGGGUCGUUCAGUGACUCUGAUCUGCAGCAGUGAUGCAAACCCAGCAGUGAACUACACCUGGUACAGAGACCCUGAAGAACUCCUGAAUCCAGUUCAGACCGGACCAAACCUGACCCUCAACAACCCUGACCCUACAGACAGAGGACUAUACUACUGUAGAGCUGACAACAAACACGGAUCUCAGAACACAUCAAUGCUGCUGGACGUCCAGUAUGCUCCUACAAACACAUCAGUGAGGAUAAACCCAGCUGGUUUAGUUCUGGAGGGUCGUUCAGUGACUCUGAUCUGCAGCAGUGAUGCAAACCCAGCAGUGAACUACACCUGGUACAGAGACCCUGAAGAACUCCUGAAUCCAGUUCAGACCGGACCAAACCUGACCCUCAACAACCCUGACCCUACAGACAGAGGACUAUACUACUGUAGAGCUGACAACAAACACGGAUCUCACAACACAUCAGUGCUGCUGGACGUCCAGUAUGCUCCUACAAACACAUCAGUGAGGAUAAACCCAGCUGGUUUAGUUCUGGAGGGUCGUUCAGUGACUCUGAUCUGCAGCAGUGAUGCAAACCCAGCAGUGAACUACACCUGGUACAGAGACCCUGAAGAACUCCUGAAUCCAGUUCAGACCGGUCCAAACCUGACCCUCAACAACCCUGACCCUACAGACAGAGGACUAUACUACUGUAGAGCUGACAACAAACACGGAUCUCACAACACAUCAGUGCUGCUGGACGUCCAGUAUGCUCCAAAAAACACAUCACUGUCGGCGUUUCCCUCCAGCUCAGUGAUGGAGGGCAAACCAGUGACUCUGAACUGUAGGACUGAUUCAAACCCAGCAGAGCUCAACUACACCUGGUACAGAGAGACUGGAUCUCAAUUUGAGUUCCUCCAAACUGGAUAUAAUCACACCUACACUGUGACAAACCCUUCACACAACGCAUGGUAUGGCUGUAAUGCUCAAAACCAGCAUGGCCAAUGCAAUGCAACAGUCCAACUUGAUGUUCAGUUUAUGCCCAAAGUCAACAGCUCUUGUAGCAGAAACAGUGUAAUGUCGUGUGUCUGUGAGGCUCAUGGGAAUCCCUGCCCUACACUAGAGUGGCGUCUGUCUGGGCAUGCGCUCACUAACUCUACAGAAACACCCAUCAGUGAGGAGAAGUUAGGAAGCACAGGAGUGAAGAGCGUCCUGACCCUCCGUCAGUCCCUCUCAGACACAGACGUCCUGCAGUGUUUCAGCUCAAACGUUUACGGCAGCGCAAGUCAACAGUUUCAGCCCAUCUCAUCAACACAAGAGACCAGUUUCCAUCCUCUGUCAGUGCUGCUCGGAGCCGCUGUCGGUGCAGCAGUGAUGAUAAUCUUGUGCAUCAUGAUGCUCUGCUAUGAACGGAGAAGGAAAGAAAAACCUUCAGAAUCCAGGCAAGACGACACGUCUGGACUCAUUCUGACUCAAAUAGCCGUUGCUCUGGAUCAUGACAUUCAGUUUGUUCACGCCGAUAACGGCAUGCUGUCAUCCACCGCACCGAGUGAACCACAAUCUCUUCAUUAUUCCUCCAUCGAUUUCUCAAACACUGAAGCGCCGUCAGGAGAGAUCAGGGGCAUGGCCUCGCUGACCAGUGAAUACGCUACGAUCAGACACCGUCCUGAAGAAGCUGCAGACCCAGAGAACACCACAGAGCCCAAACAAGAAGAAGACAUGACAGCAGAGAUCACAGACACUUCUUCACCGGCAUCAGAAGACGUGAUUUAUGGAAACAUGAGCCAUCACCACAGACAGAAGGAACCGCUGGUCACCGCAGAUGAUGCUGAAAAGAUAGACUGAACCAAAGCCUUCAAAUCUUUGCGCACCAGAAGAGACUGUUCAUCCAAAAAUGGCAAUUACAAACCUAUAGACUUUCUUCUGUGGAACGUCUGUUUUUAUGUUAUGUUUAGUUUACCCUAAAAGACAAAUUUCCUAUUCAUUUACUUACACGCAAGUCGUCCAAGAUGUACAUGACUUUUUUUCUUCAGCAGAACAGUAAAAAAGAUUUUUUACUUAAAUUCUGCCCAUUGAGGAUUCAUAAAAUGCAAGUUAUCAGCUGAAGCCACAUUGUGAGUCAAAAAAAGCACAUACAGGUAACACAACAUUAAAGGAACAUCCAUGUUAAUUUAUAUAUGCUUGUUGUCCAAAGUAGAUACGGUUCCCUAAUUUUUAACCCCAUUCUAUCUGAAAGUGUGUAGACUAUAGCCUUUGUCAUAUUUAUUGCCUGCCAAAUUAACAAAUGUAAAUCUUUAAAGUAUGACGCUUACUAUAUAGGUAUAUGGCAGACUAUAUAGGUAUAUACACAGACACCUUACAUACAGACCGCAGUAAUUUGAUAAAAUCCCUUCUGCUUUCAGCUUCUGGCAGUAUCCUGGGAAAAAAACACACUGGAUGGCUAUUUACUUUACUUAUUUAAGAUGAACAGUAAAACAGAAUUCAGAACAUAAGAAGUAUUACCAUAAUACAAUGUUGACAUAUCUUAUCAAGAAGAAAUACAUUUCAUAUUGGAUUCAUAUUACAUUUGUGUUGGAUUGAGUUUUUAAUGUGAUUUAACACAUAUAAAGAAAUGUGUUGAAUAUUCAGUAUGCUUCAUACUGAUUUGCAUAGAUUUCUCACUAAAUUCUGACUAAAGGGGAAGUGGUGAAUCUCUAACAUGUUGCUCCUCUAUUCAGUCUAGAAGCAUCAGAUUGAGCUCUGAGAGGAUUUCUGUUGUCUUCAUCUCUCUUCUCUGUUAAGCCAUUUACACAUGAAACACAGUAGUUUUGUUUGAAACGUUCAAGAUAUGCAUGUUUUCUUUCUCUUAUUUUAAUCUUUAAAAUGUCAGAGAUGGGUAGUAAAUGAUUACAUGUACAUGUAAAUUAUUCUACAAAUCAAGCACUCAUGAUCAUAAUCAGAUUACAGUUACUUCUAUUCAUACAAAUAAAUCAUAAAUCAAUUCU